AUGGCACUCAUACACAUUGCUCUUAGUCUGGUCGCCCUCCUCACCCUGGUGCUAGUCAUGCCUGCGGCAGCGGCCGAGAAAGAGGCGCCGACGGUGCCGGGAGCCAUGGCACUGAUGACGGAAGACGCCGUCGACGCUUGCCGCUGCCUCCUCACCCGUGCCCUCGGCGUGCACGCCUUCCACCUCUCCAAGGCUGCCGACUCUGAUGUCGAAGCCGAUGCCGGUCGUCGAGCCGUGGUGGGCAAGAGCGCGCGGGCGGCGCUGCUGACGCCUGCGCUCUGCCGCAUCGGCUCGCAAGACAACCACGUCUAUCCGCUGUGCGAGCCGCUGCUCGCCCGCUACGGCGCUGCGCUGCGGGCCUGGCUCGACGACGCCGCUGAGGCGCUGGCCUACAGCCCGCACGAUGCUGCUGCUGCUGAGGCUGAAGCCCGCGCUGCCUGUGUAUCCAUAAUCGGCGACGGCAUUCCGAUCUCGCACGCCGUCUCGCAUGCUGCGGCUCGAGCCGCCGCACGCCGCCCUUCGGCGCUGGCGGGCUCGGCGUUCGUGGCCGAUGCCGCGAGCGCAACGCCUGAGAGCCUCGCAGCCGCUGUUCGGCGGCACGCAGAGAGCUACGAGAACCAUGUCCGUGCCCGGAUCCAGGAGACGCAUGCGGCGAACAAUGCGCGGAACUACGGCUCGCAGGCUCGAGGCGAUAUGGCCCAGGCCUCGCAGCAGAUGGGGCAUGAGAGCUUUGAUGCUGCUGAUGUCGAGAAAGCUAUGGCACGGCUAGCGGCAGCACGUGCAGCGUUGGCGGCAGUGCACCGUGAUCAUGACGAGCUCUGACACGAACGACUGGCUUUACCUCUGCACCUGUUCCGCUACACGAGCUCUUCGCCGAGAAUGUCGUUGAGUGUCGAGUAUAGCUGGGCGUCGUCGUCGACGGUGGCCAAGGCGUCGGUAGCCGAGUUGCUGAUAGUAAAGGCCAGCAGGUCGUCGAGAUCGGCGACAGUGCCCUCGCCCAUGACGCCUGUUAGCAGUUCGAGCUC